UACACCUUAAAGUAUGAUUUCAAAUCAAUAAAAAAUGUUAAAUGUCAUAAACAUAAUUAGAAAUCUGAUUAAAACAGUGGAAAUGGAAAGUGCAAAACGGGAUUCCCCUGGCAAGUCUAUAUAAGCAACCCCAACGGCAUUAACGGGUAUCGCAGUUUUGAAUUGCAAACAAACUAUCACGAACUAUCACACAGUUUGAAAAUGAUCGGAACUUUGGAAGUGACUAUAUUUGCUUUCCUUUUUCUAAGGAUCAUGGAUUUCUUCAGACGAAUGACCGAAUCACAAACUCGGCGUUCGGCUGCUAACCUGAAUAAGAUUAAACCUGACGCUGCAUGCACUAACCAGCAUGCACUUCCCCGACCUGUAAUAAACGAUGGAUUUUCGACUGCCAGCGGAGAAGACUUGAACAACCAAAGUUUUCUUCGUCUGAAGGAAGACGAAACGAACCUGAUUGAAUUGGAAAACCAACGUUUGGCGAAUGAGUUGAGUCUAGUUCAAUCCCAACUGACAGACUCCCAUUCCAAAGUGAAACAAUUCCGCAUCGAGUCAGCUACUACCAAAACUAAACUCGAAAAACAGAAACGUUUUAUUACUGACAUUACAGUGAAAAAUAUUCGAUUGACAAAUGAGGAUUCGCGACUAAGGCGAACACUGGAAAGUACAAAUUAUUUUCUUGAAUCCAGUAGAGCGGAAUCGGAACGUCUCCGGACUUCCCUUGCUGAACAACAAUUGGACACUCGCGAGUUGGCCGUGGCUACACGUGAGCUCGAGUCGAAGAAUACAACCAUUUCUGAACUAGAAACGAAAAAUCUCCGUUUGGCCGAAAACGAUUCGCAACUAAGGCGAAAUAUUGAAGACCGGGAUAGAAUUAUCACAUCUAGUGCGAUUGAGAAAAACCUGAUUUUAUUGGAUAAGGAUCGCUUGGAGAAUGAGUUGAGUCUAGUUCAAUCACAACUGGCAGACUCCUCAUCAAAGCUGCGACAGUACCAAAACGUAGACGACGAGUUGGCAACUACCAAAAGAGAACUCGAAAAACAGAAAAGUCUUAUUACUGACAUGACAGAGAAAAAUCUCCGCUUGGCAAAUGAUGAUUCGCGUCUAAGGCGAAAAAUUGAAGACAGGGAUAGAACGAUCACACAGAUUGUGCUGGAAAAAGAAAGUUUGGCGAAUGAGUUGAGUCAAGUUCAAUCACAACUGACAGACUCCUCAUCAAAGCUGCAAAUGUUUCAGAACGUACACGACGAGUUGGAAACUACCAAAUGCGAACUCGAAGAAACGAAAAGUCUAAUUUCUGCCAAUACAGAAGAAAAUCUCCAGUUGACAAAUGAGAAUUCGGUGCUAAGGCGAAAAGUUGAAGCCAAGGAUAGAGUUAUUGCAUACACACGAGCGAAUUUGGAGAAACUACAGAAUAGUCUUGAAGAGAAAAAAUUGCACAAGGUGCACGAAGAACUGGCUUCGAGUCAACGUGUUCUGGUAUCCAAAAACCGAACCAUAACAAAACUUCAAGAGCAAAAUCGAGAAAGUCGAGUGGGAUUGGAGCAACUCCGGACUUGCCUAAAUGAAAAACAAUUGGACACGCAGCAGUUGGCCGUGGCUAAACGAGAGCUGGAGUCAAAGAGUAGAACCAUUACUGAACUCGAAACGACAAAUCUCAGUUUGGCCGAAAAUGAUGGGCGGUUAAGGCGAAAACUGGAAGACGCCGAUUGUCUUGUUCUAUCCAGUAAGGUGACAGUGGAAGAACUCGAGCUAUCACUUAACAAACAGACCGAAAGGGUCAAUCAGCUGGUGGAUCAAAUGAGAACCCUAGACCAGGAAAAAGACGAAGCGGUUCGAAAGUUGACCGAAUUGCAACAGAAACAAAUCCAACCGAAAAUGACAACGGACGUCGGGUGUGGCUGUAAUGAAGUAUUCCACCAAAUUGAAGAGCCUAUCCCUGCAGUAACUGAAAUAACCGAAAUUGUAACUGCAUUUUUAGCAUCCGGAUUAAAACCUCAAGCCGACUCAUCGAUCACCGAGCCACAACCAGUGAACUUGUCUGAAAUUUUACCCUCAGUUUUCCACCAUCACCAAAUUGAAGAGCCCAUUCGUCCAUCAUCUGAAAUAACUGAUGUCGUAACGGCCUUUUUAACUUCAGGUUGCACCAAAUCUAAAGCGACAUCGCCAGUCACCGUACCACAGCAGGCACAUCGGCCUCUCACCACGGACGUAUUGAAAACUACUAAGCAACCGUCGGCUGUACUACCUGAAUUUUACAUUAAAUCAACCGUAGAAAAAGAAGUUGACGUCGAUCAAAUCGUCGUGUUUGGGAUAUCGAAAAGUGAUUGCGGGAAAGUUAUUGGACGAAAUGGUUGCAAUGCCGAAAGGAUAGAAGAAGAGUAUGGGGUGGGGCUAAGUUUUGUCAAUGGCGAACUUUUUAUCACCGGAGGAGAUGCUGAACGUCGACUGGCCGCUUGCUCCGACGUCUGCGAAAAAUUGACAGUGACAUUGGAGUGUCCGUACUUGAACUUGAGAAAUAACAAGUAUUCCAACAAAUAUUUGUUGAGAAAAUUGUCCUCCGACUACUAUGUAUGCAUCAAUCCCCCCUCGCUAGAAAACAGAUACGUCACCAUCUGGGGUACGCUAGCCAAUUGCCGUAAAGUUUUCGAAAUACUCAAGUCCGGUUCUCGCUAG